ACAAAAAUAUUAUUACAGGAAAAAUCUCUAUUUAAUGCUGUCUAGAUAUAUACGUUAACGUAUCCUUCCACUUGGAAUCACUGCAUGAUCACCUAUUUUUUUUUUAUUAUUUGUGUUGAUACACGUUGAAGUGAAGUUUUUCCUGAUAAUAUUAUCGCAAAGUUUAUUUGACGUGUUGCAAGUGCAUAAACAACUGUAGACGUAGUCAAUAGAAACCUGCGAACAAUCUGUAAGCGCUUCAGGUGCAGCUGUAACCACCACGUAACUAAUACAUACCGGUCAUAAUACACAAGACGGCAAAGAAUUCGAAUGGAGGGCGCGUGUGUUUUUCGCAUUCGCUCCAUCGCAAAUGUCGAUAGGCACGUAUGUAUUCGCAGCAUUAUGCAAUGCUGUAUGUACAUCGCAGCCGUAAAUGCUUAGCCGCAAUGAGAAUUUCAUGCAGUGUUAAAAAGGAAAAGGAAGAAGAUAGUGAAAAACGUUUAACUGGCUCAUCUUUGUUUUUCUGUUACUUGCCUUGAAGCAAAGUUGUAACAAUGACUACGCCAAUGUGCGAAGAUGGUGGACCAUUAAGGGAAUGGGCACCACUUGCUGUCCUCUUGCAACAAAUACCUGCCAAAAUACAAAAUGGUAUUUUUACACAAGAUAUCAGUUUCACCUGCGUUGCUGCCUUGACUGAAUUUAUAGCCAUUGGAACUAAUCAUGGGCUUAUCUACUGGUUCAACAGAGAAAAGCAGGAUCUUCAAAGGUUGCGUUGCGAGAAUGUAAACUCCAAAAUCACAAGUGUACAAAUAAUAUCUACAGUUGAUUAUAUGGUUGCCGCUGGCAAUGAACAUGGUGUUGUUACAGUCUUUCAAAUUCCUAAAAAUCCACCAGACUCAUUGCCGGAUAGUUUAAAACCAAAACAGAAAAAACAGGUGGAAAGGUACAGUAUAAGCGGUUUACAUAAUGCCACAGUGACAGCAGUAGAAUGGUCUAAGAAUGGUAUGAAAUUAUUUAGCGGAGAUAAAAAUGGUCUAGUGGUCUUAACAGAGAUUGAUUUUUAUAUGCAUUUAUCUAAAUCAUCAAAAUUAUUGAAUGAAAAAUAUUCUGUAGUGCAAUUAAGCUAUCAACAAGGUUUAUUGUUGGUUUCAACUACAUUACGUACAAUUUUGGUGAACAGAAAUGAAAAUGGGAAGGUAACACAAGUUGGCCAGAAAGAACGUAAAACAUUAGGUAAGCUAGGUGCUGUAUUUGGUUCUCGUCAAAAUUAUGUACAAGAACCCAUAAUUUAUGCAAGUAGACCAGGAUUGCGCCUAUGGCAAGCUGAUAAGGUUGGGACUGUACUGAAAACACUUAUAUUUAAGGAUGCAGUUAGAUCGAGUCAUACGGAAGUGGCGUUAUUAAAUCCCGCACCCGAAGGUUCGAGAAAAAAUCGCGGUGAACCUUCGUUCGGCAUCAUAUUGCCAUUUUGUGAUGAUUUGUUAGUGACGUACUGUGAUGAUGUAGUUUAUGUAGUAAAUCCAAACACUAUUGCAAUAACAUCGAUUAUAAAUGAUCUACGCCGCGUUACUGAUGUGGCUUGUACUAAAGACGAAAUAUUUAUAUUAGAAGGAGAAAGAAAUAUUUUGCGUAUUGCCUAUUAUCCUGAAAGUAACAUUCUUACAUUGGGAAACACAAAAAAUACACUAGAUCCUCUAUCAUCAUUUGCUGAAUAUAGUAAACCUGUUGCUAAUGGCAUACUAGAAUUAACAUCGAAAUUAAAAGAAAGCAGUAUAGUACCAGCUAUUCCUUUUCCCAAAAUUAAUCCGACCAACAUUAUUCAAUCUGUAGGGAUUGUACCGACUGUUGCUGUUGGCACCGACGCCAAUGUAAUUGCGAACGCGGAAGAAGCUGUGGAAAUACCACCAAUAAUUCCGAUAGAAUUAAACACUCCGCUCAUCACGGAUAUAAACAAAAUACCAGAACAUAACGAUACUAGACGAAAUUCGGAAGAUGCAAAAAAUAAUGAUCGCCGUGAGAUAUUUCAAAAAAUUGGCCAGCAAGAAUUUGAGGACGUUGUUUUCACACCCGAAAGAAAACAGAAGAAAUCACGGAAUAAAACAAAUGAAAACGAAAAUGUUAUCUCACUGUUCAGCAACACUGACCGUUUGUCGAGCAGCUUAGGCGCUGAUCACAUAAAUGCCAAUAAAACAACGACAACUCAUUCUUCUUUGAUGCAAUUGAGUUUCGAUGAUGACUUUAUAUUAAAGUUGGAUCGAGAUUUAGAAACAAUUCAACGGGAUGUGGAGAACAAGGAGAAACUGCUAGCAGAUGUUCUUGACUUUGAUUUGUCUAAGUAUAUGACGAGUAGUCGAAUCGAGGAAGAUGACUCGAAUAUAUCCAAUCAUGUAGAUAUCACAGCGUGCAUCAGUUGCAAUGUACAUUCCAAUGAUACAAUAGCUGGAGAGUUGGAUGCAAACGAGGAGAACGAGAAUAUCGAACAGAGCGAUCAUACAGAAACCGAGUCGGGAGAGGAAGAUGUCAGUUAUCGUACCGAACUGAAACGGUUGGAAGAUCUCGGAGAAUGCAGAAAAACUCUUUUGCAAAGUAAAUUGGACGAUCCUUCAUCAGCUGGUAAUAAUUUUGUUGACGUUCGACAAGUGCCACCGAUGGAUCGCGAGAGAUUGGAACACCAAUUUAACGCUUUGGCAAAAGAAAUUGCUACGUCCGCUAUUCUCGAGGAAGAGGAAGAUUGGGUUUUAGUCAAAGAUGAUAUACCAUCGGUCUCAAUAUUUUAAGAGAGAAAUUGUAUGCUGAAGUUGUCUCACUUCUUGUAUAUAUGCCGAUCAGUAUAUUAUUUUUCAGAAAUAAUAGACAAUUACGUGAUAUGCACGACAGUGACUUCAUUAACUCUUUCACUAUCAAUCACUUUUUUUCUAUAUAUUGGUGGUGAAAGGAUUAAAUUUCUACUAUCAAAUGUAUAAAUUAUUGAAUAAGAUAAAAAUAUUGUUUGUGUGUGAAAUAUUUCACGACUUGGAAUAUUACGAACACAGUAUCAGACAUAUUGAAAUGAAUAAUUAUGAAAUAAUACGCAUUUUAUCUAGGAAAAUAUGCAAUUGGAAUGAUUCUCAUUAGCAGAUAAAAUUGUAUGUCGCGUAAAAUUAUUCACAUUUAAAGGUAAUACUAGUCAUUGUCUCAAUUUUAGCAUAACAAUUAAUGUUAUUAAUAUGUUUAUAAUUAAGAAAUAUCUUUUACCAAUUGAAUAUUUUAUAGAAUAUAAUCACGUUGUUGUGUUAUUUAAUCUAAUUAAAUAUUGUCUAAGUUUUCACUUAGCAUGAGAUAUGACACAUACACACAAUUAUUUUAUUUUGGAAAAUCUGCGCAUAAUGCAAUUCUCAGGUGUAUAAUGUUAUAUUCAACAUUUUGCACAGUCAAAUAAUAUUUUUACAUAAUGUUCUAUACUUAUGAAACAUUCCGACAUAUACUACCCAUUCUUAUCUUGUAAAUUUUUAACCAAAAGUUUUUGUGCAAGUUUUUGUGUAAUCAUUGAUAUUAUUCUUGUAUUAUAAAUUUAUCAGAUGACUAACAGUGACCUUGAUACUAGGCUUAACUGUAUGUUUUUGCACUAUAAUCAACCUAUUUUAAAUAUAACUGUUUAUUUCUAGUUUGUAUAAAUUUCUGUUUGUAGAUAGGAGAGAUUAAAAGAGCAAAAAUAAUAUAUAAUAUACGACAAGUCUACAUUGUGUAAAAUUUCAAGUGCAUCGCUUUAUCAUGCAUUAUAAGUAUACUAAAACAUGAAAAAUUAAAUACAAAUUAUGUUAAUAAUGAGUAACAAAUCACUUGUGUAACUGCAUAAAAUAACUAUAUGCUUUAUCAAUUGUAAAAAAUAAAAUCACAAUUCAAAGUU